UAUCACGAAAUGGUAGAUGACCUUGCGGUAUGGGAAAACCACCAGCAGCUUCAAGAGUUUUAUCUGCUCUGCAUUAGGCUCGAACUACUAUAAAUACAACCGCUUCGGUAGACAGGGCACGGUUGUCAUCAAGAUUACCUCAAGAGCAUCCAGGAUGAAAUUUUUCCUCGCAAUCUUGCUCGUUGCUUGUGCUCAAGCCUUUUCAAUCAAAAACAUGAUUGAAAGAGAAGCUUUUGACCUGCUUGUCAGUCAAGCUACCAGUGAACUGGAGACAAUGGCCGUAAAAGAAGUGGAAAGCGCCCUCACCGCCGAAGGACUUCACGUCACCCCAUUCGAACGCAGCGUCAUUCAUAAAGUGUCUACCAUGGUUGGCGAAACUAUCAAAAGCGAAAUGACUAAAAUAGUGUCAGAGGUCACCACCACCGGAGACUUCAAAAUGGCUGUGGCUCAAAGGAUCAUCGAGAAACUCCGUGAUGCUGCCGAAAUGAUGGCUGAUGGACUUCACAUGGAUUCUGAAACAACAGAGGCAUUUUUCCAUGAACUCAUGAAAGAUAUUGAAGCCUUGGAAAAAAGCAGUCUCUUUGAAGAAGGUAUUGAAAAGAUGUUUGACAAUCUCUUCGAAAAGAUCAUGAAAGCCGUCACCUACGACGCUCACCAAAAACGUGACUUGAUCGAUAUCUUCGAGAAAAUCAAUGACACACUUCGACGUAUUGUCGGCCACCUUCACGGAAAAUUCCAUGAUUUGCAUGAUUUCUUGCACCAAGCUAUUUCUCAUGGAAAAGACAAGUUGAAACCUCACAUAGAAAAUAUCAAGACUUUGGCUAAGACCUUCAUUGACCACAUCAACUUGGUGAGUGCGAAAGUAGCUCAACAAGCUUUGGAAUUUUUCAAACCCUGGGCUUCGAAACUCGGCCAAACAUGGACCACACUUGUCAAAGACAUCCACGAGCGUCUGCAGAAGUUGCACGCUACAGCUAUUCCUAUUUAUUGAGAAUUUUAGUAGGCGGAACACGUACGUGAUCAUGUUGAUUGAAUAAAGAAGUAUUUCUAAUGUAAUUUG